AUGGAUUCAGAACUGCUUGAAUGGCUUUCUUAUGAAGAACUACAACAAUUAGCGAGCGAAAAUUUGGUGGAAUCUUUGGAAAAUAAACUCCAGAAAACAGAAAAACAAAAUAUCGACCAAAUUCUUCAAAAUCAGACCCAGACUCAAGAUUUAAUUAACCAAAUUGACCUAGCUGACACUUAUCUGCAAGAGCUGCAAGAAAAGAUGGAAGGAUUCCUCAAGAAAAUCCAAGAGACCAGAAACAAAACAAUUCCAUUAGAACAGCAGAAUAUGCAGUUUGCAAUCCAACAAAACAAUACUGCAGCACUUAUCCAGACUUUAUCAAAUGCGUUAAACAAGCAUGGAUAA